GCUAGUGAGCUCACCGUUAGAGUACAACUUCCGGUUGUAACCGCAGAAGGCGCAGAAAGUAAAAGCUAACAUUACAAUCGUUCGUUUCGGUGUUCUGGGGCAGAAGUAGAUUUUCUUGGACCGCGAAUUCUCCGUCUGAGGUGAGACGUGUCACGUUCGAGCCGAACACAUGAAAACACCUGGUGGUGUCCCCUGGAGUCUAUUAUAUCUUCAGCUCCAACACUAAUAUGAGCAGCUCUGCUCAGAGGAAGAGUCCCCGGGUCCUCAGGACCUACAAAAGGUCAAACAGAGCAGCAAAUGUCAGGACAAAGACUCAAAGGGCAGUGAAUAUCAGUGACCCUGCUCCCCCCACAGACCUCAUUGAUGUAAUGAACAACACUGAAGAUGGUGUGGAGGAGGUGGUGGAUCUAACCUGUGAUGGAUCUGAAGCAGCUGUGGUCGACCUAACGGCCAACAAUGAUUCUGUGCUGCUGGUGGAUGAAGGUCCUCAGAAAAGGAGAAUUCCAGAAGGUGAGAGCUAUGUGCUCAGCAGUGAUGAUGAAGACACACCCUCUGUCCUCCUUGCUGCCACAAAGUCCAUGGCAAACACCUCCAGGUCAGCCCCGGGUCUGAUCAGCUGUCCCAUAUGUCUGGACCACUACUCAGAGAUUGUUGACAGCGGCCGAUUGGUGGUUUCUACAAAGUGUGGUCACGUGUUCUGCAGUCAGUGUCUUAGAGACGCUCUGAGGACUUCACACACUUGCCCCACAUGCAGAAAUAAGCUCACCUCCCGCCAGUACCACCCUCUCUACGUUUGACAUCCCAUUAUUUUGACAUUGUCAUCCAACCAUGCUUGUAUCUGAAGGUCAACACGAUGUUAUUAAAAUAUGAUGCAUUCUUUAACUCAAAAUCUAAAAAUGUCUUUCAAAGAUGAGUUUAUUUUAUUUAUCUUAAUUUCAAAUGUAAUAAGAUUUUUGCUGCUAAAAUAAAACAAAAUAAACCAA